CAUAAAAAGGCGCGAAAAACGAUCAGCUGAGAGCCAUGACUCCAUGAGUUAGUUGAAUUGGCAGUGCUUUGUCAGUGAGAGAUUUUGAUUUUACGAAUUCAUUAUUUUAGGUUUUUUUAAAGAAGUCACGUCGGCCUUCAGUGGAUAAUUUUCAACAAGUAUAUUUGACAACCAUAAUGAGAAUAGAAUGCACAGAUGGUGAUGGGGUUGCAGGAAAUGAAGUCAAUGUGAAAGAAGAGCCCCCAGAACUUCAAGCUAAUAGUGAAUCAAGCCCAGACACUACACCCGUUGAAGAAGAAACCAAGCCGAUGCCCAAAACAGUUGAAGAAGAAGCCAAUAAGCCAACAUCUAAACCAGUAACUGUAUUGUCAAAGACAAGAGGAGUUAAAGUUAGGUAUACAUUUGAUGAAGCUGCUGCGUCUGGUGAGGGGGACGAUGAUUUCCUUCCUGGCAACACAAAAAAAAAACGAAGAACUGCCAGCAGGCAUGCAAAGGUAGAAUUGCCAGAUAUUGGUGGCUAUAGGCCAUCAAGGAAGAAGAAAAUCAACCGUAAAGAUCCUAAUCGCUGUCAUGUGUGUCGUCAAAGGUUUGAUUCUCCUGAUUUGAAAUAUUUCCCUGGUCCACCAGCAGAUUCCAUUGAAGAAAUUAUUGCUCUAACUGAUCCAUCGUUGAGCUUGUUCACUGGUGAAGAAGAGGUCAUGUCAGAAUUGGAUCAAAGACCCAUCUUGAAGCUCACCCAGUUUGGCAUUUACGACGAACCUGGCCAUUUAUGUCAUCUAGACGGGGGUGCAAUCGAAGCUAACCAUUUACUCUUCGCUUAUGGUUACGUUAAGCCUGUGUGGAACGAUAACCCGGGUGUCGAAGGAGGUAUUGCGACGAAAGAGAUCGGGCCCAUCAACGAGUGGUUCAUCAGUGGCUUCGAUGGAGGAGAAAAAGCAAUCAUGUGUUUCGCCACUUCUUAUGCUGACUACUAUUUAAUGUCGGCUUCAGAAUUGUACGAACCCAUCAUGAACGAGUUGGAAGAAAAGAUUUUUCUCAGCAAGACGGUCAUCGAGCUCUUGAUCGAAGACGACAACGCCGAAUAUGAAGAUCUACUGACUAGACUGCAGAAUUCUUUGAUGCCCAAUGGUUCCCGCGUAUCGGAGGAUUCCCUUUUGCGCUACGCCGAAUUUGUCUGCGAUCGCGUAUAUCACUUUGAUGCAGCUGGAGCCGAAGACGAGCCGCCACUUAUUCUUAGCCCGUGUAUGCGUACGCUGAUUCAAUUGUCAGGUAUCACACUCGGUAAGAGAAGAGCUACCCGAAAAUUGGAGAAGAGACGCCAGCCUAAAGCCAAAAAAGGCCCCAACUGGACAAAAGCUACUACUACGCCAUUGGUUGGUUACGUCUUCGAGAGCUUUUUCCGUGAUCAAAUGGAGCAAGGAGAGGACAAAUUCGGCCCUACGUCUGCUCCUCGCCGUACUCGCUGUGGUAUUUGCGAAGCCUGCCAGCAAACAGACUGCGGUAAGUGCAAUUUCUGUCGAGACAUGGUGAAAUUUGGCGGUUCCGGUCGCAGCAAACAGAGUUGUGUCCUCCGGAAGUGUCCGAAUAGAGCUGUUCAAGUGGCAGACGACGAUGACGAACUGGACGCUGUUCUCGACACGGAAAUUGAGGUGGUGAGUCUGGAUGUCGACCACAAAAAACCUGUCAAGCGCCACGCCUACAAAAUUGAAUGGGAUGGACCGGAAUUGAAAGAAGUCGACGAUCUCACUUUCUACUCUGCUGCGAUUGUCAACGGAGACAUGCGCGUCUUUGCCGGAGGCCACGUCACCAUCGAACCAGAUGAUCCUAGCAUUCCCAUGUAUAUUGCCGAAGUCGUAGCUUUAUGGGAAGAUGGGAAAAGUGGGGAACAGUUUCUACACGCCCGCUGGUUUUGCCGUGGAACUGACACUGUGCUGGGAGAAACUUGCGACGAUCCCAGAGAGCUUGUUCUGAUCGAAGAUUGCGAAGACCUUCUCCUGUCUGCCGUCGUGAAAGUUGUCAACGUCAAGUACAAACCAGUGGAUCCCGUCAAAUGGAAAGCAGAAGGUGGAUCAGAUGACCCGUCUUUAUUUCAGAGCGAAGAAGAUCAUUCCGACACGACGUUUUGGUACCGCUAUCUCUACCAUGGAAGGACUGGCCGUUUUGAAGAUCCAGCCGAAUGCCCGGACGUAGUAAACAACAUCAAAGGAUGUCCCUGCUGUGAUCGCCUGGAUGUUAUCCGCCAACGUGAUUUUGCCAAAUUGGGCAACAAGUUGGAUUCAGGCGGUUUUGACAGCGUCACAUGGCACGAAUUGGAUAUCAAAGUCGGUGAAGCCGUUUUCCUCGAACCGGGCGCUUAUGCAAUGCGGGGGCCAGAUGGGAGUAUUGUUAAAAAGGAGAAGAUUGAUCCAGAGGAAGAUGAUAUUUUCGGAGUAGAGUACGACGAAGAAUAUUACCCAGAAAAGUACAGGAAAACGGACAACAUCAAAGGAUCGAAUAACGACACACCCGACCCAUUCUGUAUUGGCUAUGUCGUUGGUAUUGCCUAUAAUGGCAUCCUGCACAACAAUUUGAAUGCUCGUGAAGUCUGUCUAAAAGUUAAACGCAUCUACCGUCCGGCCGACACCCAUUUGGGGCGUGAUGCAGGCUUUCGCUCUGACUGGAAUUUGGUCUACUGGUCGGAUGAGAUACACAAACUGGAGUUAAACAAAGUUGUAGACAAGUGCGUCCUUGUCUGCAGCACUGCCAUUGAUGAACCCAUUGAAGAAUUUGUCCGGGGUGGACCUAACCGCAUGUAUUUCAAUAAGGCCUACAACCCGGCUGAGCGGGAAUUUGAGCCGCCACCAGUGGAAGCCGAGCGAAUCGGUUCCAGUUCCAAAGGAAAAGGUGGAAAGUCACUCAAAAGUGCAAAAUCUAUUCAGCCGACCUACCCAUCGUAUCCUAAAAUUGAACCGCUCAAGACUUUAGACAUUUUCGCCGGUUGCGGCGGAUUGUCCGAAGGCCUACACCAGUCGGGAGUGGCCAAGACCUACUGGGCUAUUGAGUGUGAGCCUACGGCAGCUCAAGCUUUCCGACUCAACAAUCCUGAUGCUGCCGUCUUUACCGAUGAUUGUAAUACUAUCCUCAAGAUGGCCAUUGACGGCCUACUGGAACAAAACGGACAAGCUCUACCACCAAAAGACGGCGUAGAGCUGCUCUGUGGAGGGCCGCCAUGCCAAGGUUUCAGCGGCAUGAAUCGCUUCAAUUCUCGCCAAUAUUCAUCAUUCCGUAACUCUUUAAUUGUUUCUUAUUUGAGUUAUUGCGAUUACUACCGCCCGCGAUUCUUCAUUCUGGAAAACGUCCGUAACUUUGUUUCAUUCAAGCGGAACAUGGUCCUGAAACUAACAAUGCGCUGCUUAGUUCGAAUGGGCUAUCAAUGCACUUUCGGAGUCCUACAAGCCGGUAACUACGGCGUUUCGCAGACUAGACGGCGAGCGUUUAUUUUCGCAGCUGCACCCGGUGAAAAGCUUCCAUUGUAUCCCGAGCCGACUCACGUCUUCAGCCGUAGAGGGUGCCAACUAUCAGUAGCUGUCGGCCGCGAUAAGUUUUACUCCAAUUGCCGCUGGCUCUUAUCCGCUCCAUAUCGCACCGUCACAGUUCGUGACGCCAUGUCUGAUCUACCUGAAAUCCCCAACGGCGCUAAACAGGAAGAAAUAUCGUAUGGAGGCGAUCCACAAUCUCACUUCCAGCGAUGGAUGCGCGGAACGGAAUCGGAACAAUCCAACGUCCUUCGAGAUCACAUUUCCAAGGAAAUGGCGCCAUUAGUCGAAGCACGUAUCGCCUUUAUUCCAUCGAAACCAGGCUCGGAUUGGCGUGAUUUACCCAAUACAGAAGUUCGUCUAAAGGAUGGCGUCAUGACGGUUAAACUUCGUUACACUCACGAAGACAAGAACGGACGUUCUUUAAGCGGAGCAAUGCGAGGAGUUUGUUCUUGCGCCGAAGGGCGACAAUGCGAUCCGUUGGACAAACAACACAACACGCUCAUUCCGUGGUGUCUUCCGCACACGGGUAACCGACACAACAACUGGGCUGGACUUUACGGACGUCUGGAAUGGGAUGGAUUUUUCUCAACAACAAUUACCAACCCCGAGCCCAUGGGGAAACAGGGCCGUGUGUUGCAUCCGGAACAGCACCGCGUCGUCAGUGUACGAGAGUGUGCUCGCUCGCAAGGUUUUCCUGAUUCGUACCGCUUCUUCGGCAACAUUACUGACAAACAUCGACAGGUAGGUAAUGCCGUGCCACCCCCGCUGGCUCGAGCCAUUGGCCUGGAAAUCCGCAAAUGUGUUUAUGAAGGCGACUGCAAAAAGAAGAAAGACGAACCCCCUACCAUCGUCCAGUGUUAAAUCAGUUUUUCUUUUUUACUUAUUUUAUUUAUUGCGCCUUUUACGCGGUUUUUUCUGAAAAAGUUGUCCUCCAUUUUAGAUAUUGCUCAAUGCCUAUGAUAAUAGUCCUACGCUUAUUUUUUUAACAAAUUAAGCCAUGUUUUUUGCACUUUCUUUUUAAAAUUCAGAGUGUGUAUGGAAGCUUCAUCGUGUAAAAUAUAUUAAUCGAGUGAA